GAGAGACUUCAAGAAUUUCCUACUUGUAUUUAAUAAGCAUAUCUGCCUCAUAACCCAUUAGCCUCAAACCUUCUUCUUCUUGAUCCACUGAUUACAGUAGUUUAAUUAUUGUUUCUGCUAUGGCUUCUUCCUUUGUGUCCCGGCUCGUCCUUUCCUUGAGCUUCUUAGCUCUCUUCUUAGCUGCCUACUCCGUUUACCACAACGCCGCCGUGGGUCAAGGCCCCCGCCGCCCCCUUAUUAAGGCGGCGAUCCCCAGCUGGCUGGACGAGGCAACGACGAUUGAGUCGGCCGCCGACUUGCUGUCCUACUUCGGUCUCGGGAGAUCCUCCGGCAGACUCUCCGACCAAGCGUGCGUGUUCUCCGCCGUGAAGGAAGUCGUGGACGCCGCCAUCAACAACGAGACUCGGAUGGGCGCCUCCCUCAUCCGCCUCCACUUCCACGACUGCUUUGUCGAUGGUUGUGACGGUGGAAUCCUCCUGAACGACACGGCCAACUUCACCGGAGAACAAGGCGCGGCCCCAAAUAGUAACUCUGUGAGAGGGUUUGAAGUUAUAGAACUCGCAAAGCGUAAUGCCAAAACCAAAUGCUCCGACACCCCCGUCUCUUGUGCCGAUGUUUUAGCCAUUGCUGCUCGUGAUUCCUUCACCAAGUUCACAGGUCGAACUUAUAACGUGACGAUAGGCGCCAGACGCGACGCAAGGACGGCGAACCUCACCGGAGCCAACACCCAGCUUCCGGCGCCGUUCGACAGCCUCCUCGUCCAAACCCAGAAGUUUGCCGACAAGGGGUUCACCCAGAGGGAGAUGGUUGUUUUGGCAGGAGCGCACACGGUGGGAUUUUCCCGUUGUGCGAUCGUGUGCCAGAACAACAGCAUCAACCCCAAUAGAACCGCCACCCUGCCAUGCAACUGCUCUGCCUCCACCCUCACCGGCUUGGUCGGGCUGGACCCGACUCCCGCCGCUUUCGACAACCGGUAUUUCCGGCAGUUGGUCAGCGGUCAAGGCCUCCUAUUCUCAGACGCCGAGCUGAUGACAAGCAACACGACCGGCACCGUUGCUAGGAGGUACAGGGAUGCCACCGGCGCUUUCCUCUCCGACUUCGCCGCCGCAAUGGUGAAGAUGAGCACCUUGCCGCCCUCCGCCGGGACUCAGCUUGAAAUUCGUGACGUGUGCAGCCGGGUCAACGGCAACUCUGUUGAGUCUAUGUAGAUGGUUAUAUAUAUAUAUAUAUAAUAUUUUACCCCUACCUUGUUUGUUUUUACCCUUUCUGGUGAGUCAAGUGCUGUAAAAGACCCG